AUGGACUCUGAAAAGAAAGAAACUAAUGAAGGCAGUGAAGCAAGCACACAAAACUCCUUUUCUUAUUCUUUCAAAAUUGAUCUCUCGAAAAAUAAAGUCGUUUCUUAUGCAUCUUUAGUCGAAGAAUAUAAUAAAGAGCAUGAUAUUUCUGAUUCUUCUUCAGAUGAAUCAGAAGAAUCUCACUCUUAUCCUGUUUUUAUGCAAGGGCUGAUUGAAAGGCUAGAAAAAUAUGGGUAUUUAGCACUUUCUAAAAAAAUUGGACAGCACAGAAGCAAAAUUGAGAAAAUUGAUGAGAACUUUGAACUGAACACACCGAUGGAAGAGCAUGGAGAAAGCAAUGAAAAUAAAAACAGUCAAGGAAACUUAGAAGGAAGUGAAGAAAGCUAUAGUAGCGGUUCUUAUGGAGUAAACGAAAACUUGUAUGAUUUAGAUGACGACUUCAUUGAUGAUGAACAUGAAGGCCAUAUUUCAAUUGAUGGAGAGCGGGAAUUUUGAAAUGCCGAAAAAGAAGGUUACUACGUCAUCAGCGCUGAAGAAUUCCAUAAUUUAAUCAAUAAUGCUCCAGCCUCCAAGUCUCAAAAUAUAGAAUUAAAAAGAAAAAGGAGCCUUGAUUUAGAAAAUGUCCCAGACAAAAUGAAGCACUUACUUGAAGAACUUGAUGAUAUUUAUGAUGUUAAAAGUCAAGGUGGAAUUGCCACUGCAUAUCCUCGAGGAGCUUAUAAUCAAAUUGGUAAAAUUGGUGCCAUGAUCCAGCAAGAUGAAGACAUCAAUUCCGAGUGUAUUUAUAAAAUCAUUGAAAACAUCAGUGGGCUGAAAAUAAGCUCAAUAAUCAAUACAAUCGAAAAAUAUUUACUGCAAAUGAAAAAGACUGAAGCAAAAGAAAAUUGGCAGAGCAUCAUGAAAACUUUAAAAAAUAAGUUAGCACCAAUAAAUAGAAAAAGAGAUUCCUCACAGCUUGAAGAAAUUAACGAAAAGUUUAAGGAAGUUAGAGACUCUUUGAUGAAGCAUGUAAAGAUAGUUAAUGAAUUCAAUGAAAAAUAUAAACGAGGAAGUGAUCAACUAGACUAUUUGGAGGAAGAAAGGCGGUUUAUUAAUGAAAUCAAGUUUAACAAUGCCAACAUUGAAGUCGUUGACGGACUCAUUAGACUUCGUCCUGAAAAUAGAGCAAGAAGUGCUGGUUCCAUACUUUCUCCUUCAACACAGUUACCAUUAAUUGAUCAAGAGCUAGUUCAGUCACCAAUAAUGAAUCAACAACCAACAGAAUCAUUAAUAUUAAAUCAAGAACCAGCAAAAGGAAAGAUUUUUGAAAAGCCUACUUUCUGCUACGAGGAUUUUUACAAUAUAUAGCUUAUUCUCUGUAAUAGAUUACUAUGGUCGAAUAGUACUGAUCAAAAAUAAUACCCACUCGUCUGCCUAGUCUUAUUAAGCAUCUCAAAAUUAUAAAUGGAAUUUCUAAUUUUCUUUUUUUCCUUUUAAAUGGAUAAAGUAAAAUCUUAUUUUGAAUAUUAAAUGGAUACAAAUAAUAGCCCAUUAAAACGAAAGAGUUAUAUAA